UUUUUUUUUUUUGGAGAGCGGAACUUUGAAGCGUUCACAGUUGUUGAACCCGGAAGCGUCACAAACGGCGGCUCGCUCGUUUCGGCGAUUUUGCCAUUGGAGCUUCGAUGACAUGAUGGAGCGCGCUUGGCUCCACUUAGGUCCGCUGCAGUGGACGACGUACGUCGACAAAGAGCUCCGAGUGACGGUGGGGAAGGAGGCGAAAGUGUUGGCCGGGUGGCUGCUCACCGUCGACCCGGUAUCCGCCAGCCUGGUCCUGGUCAGCUUCGGCGAGGCGGACGGGCCCGCCGUCGUCCAGGUGGUGAUGGGUCACGCGGUGCGGCGGGUGGAGGUACAACGGGAGGCCGACGCCGCGGCGGCCCGACGUCUGCCUGAGCUGUUCCCGCCGCCGCCGCCCGCCGGGGCGGACCCGCUCCGGCGGGCCGCCGUACGCCGCUGGCUGGAGAGCAAUCGGGUCCCCGUGGAGGAGCGCGGCGACCGGCUGCGGGUGGCCGGCGCGCUCACCCUGGCACCGCCGUACGGUCCCGACGACUGCAGCGGCGCCAACGCCGUGGUGCUGGAGCGAGUGCGGAAGCUUCUGGAAGGCCAGCCACCGAUGGAAACGCCCCCCCCCCCCUUCGUGUCAAAACUUGAGGCUGCCGUCGGUGAUUGACUGAAAAACAAUUCUUGAUAGUUCUGUCUCGCGUUUGGCGUGAGAAAAUGCUAAUUAGAUUUUUUUUUUUGUGA